UCAACACUUUUCAUCUUGCUGGAAGGGGUGACAUGAAUGUAACUCUUGGUAUACCCCGGCUGAAAGAAAUACUGAUGACUGCAUCAGAUAAUAUUAGGACGCCUGUUAUGAAGUGUCCUUUGCUCGAACAUAUUUCUGAGGAUGAUGCUAAUGGUGGUUGCAAAGCUUAGGAGGGUUCGUGUGGCUGAUAUAGUGGAGAAAAUUGAAGUCUGCACAGUUCCUUUUUACAACUCUAAUGGGUGUGUUUCAACCCUGUACAAGUUACAGAUGAAACUCUAUCCACAAGACCAGCUUGAGUCAGGUCUUACUGUAGAUGAGUGUCAGGCAAUCUUGAGAACAGUUUUUGUUGAGGCAAUGGAACAUGCAAUUGAAAAGCAUCUAGAUCUGCUAUACAAAAUAAAUGAAAUCCGUGUUGUUAAGAUAGAAGAUACAGAGGGCUCAUUAUUAAAUGGUGAUGAAGAAUCUCAAAGUAGACAUGCUGAUGGAGGAGACACUGGUACAAGUGAUGAUGAUGAUCAAAAUGAUAAUGAUGUUGACUUGGGAACUGAUGCAGAAAAGAUGAAACGGCAAGAGAAAGAUGAGAUGGAGUAUGAUGAUGAUACUGAAACCGAGGAGGGAAUGGGUAGCGAAUCUGAGGAGAGCGAUGAGGAUCCAGCUGAGCCAGGUGAUGAUUCACAAGAGGCUGAUAAAGAACACAUGAUCUCGAAGUCUGAGACGACUUCAGUGGAUGACCUGCCAUAUUCUGUAAAAAAAGGGAAAAAAUCAAAAGAUGAUCGUGGAACAGCUAAACUAGAAGAGAAAAAUCAAAAUGAGGGAAGAUUAGAUGACCAGAAACAGAUUCUUGGGUACAGUCUCAAUGAAGCACAUCAGCUGCUGCAGGAGGAGGUCAUCGAGUCAAUUAUAGCUGGGACAUGGAACGUCGUGGAGGUCAUGGCUGAUGCCUGCGUGCGGUGCCUGGUGUUGUCCGUUCUCGAUAGCGGGUAG